GGAACUACCGACGACAGGCUGCACAUGUUAUUGUUUUUAACCUACUUCAGUUUAGCAAGUCAACAGCAUUCUUUGACUCGCAGUUUCUCCUUGGUUCGGUGUGUAGUGAGCUUAUAUAGGUGGCCUCACAUGACAUGUCCUCUCCAGAGAUUGCCUCUCUCUCCUGGGGCCACAUCAAGGUGAAGGGAUGCUCCUCCAGCUACAAGGACUGUAAGGUCUGGCCCGGAGGCAGUCGGGCCUGGGACUGGAGGGAGACGGGGACCAACCAUUCCCCUGGAGUCCAACCUGCCGACCUGGAGGAGGUGCUGAAGAAGGGAAUAGAUUUGCUCGUCAUCGGCAGAGGCAUGAAUGAAGCUCUGCAGGUUCCCUCCGCCACGCUGGACUUUGUGACGCAGAAAGGCGUCGACGUCAGAGUCCUGCAGACGGAGAAGGCCGUUGCCGAAUACAACAAACUGGCUGGCCAGGGCGCCAAGGUGGGGGGGGUCUUCCACUCCACCUGUUGAUGAGGUCACCCUUUUGCCUGGCUGCACCAACCGAGGGGGCCUUACAAGGGACGGAGGACAGGUGCAGCUGGCUGGCCCCUUCUAGCUGCUUCUCUCAGCGUGACUAGAACACUGAUUUAGAGUUUAGCUGGAAACAUCUUCAUGUCCAAUUCAAGUAUUGAACAUGAUAUGCUGCUGUAAUCCCAUACAUUUCCCCACUGCGGGACUAAUACAAGAUUCUUUUAUUAUAAAAUAAAAAUGCUUCUUUUGGAUCAAAUUGAAAAUGCAAGGCCAUUUGAUUUCACAGGCCAAUUGUGUGGAAUGUUAAAGCCACUUUAAUAAAUUUCAGUUUUCAAAUUUUUUGUAAAUUCAGUAUUUCUGCUUGUUUGCUGCACAAAAUAAAAUUAGAAAAUAAGUCCAUCA